CAAACAAUAGUCAUCAGGACAACCAGGAUAACAGAACUACCACGAUCAAACAAUAGUCAUUAGGACAACCAGGAUAACAGAACUACCACGAUCAAACAAUAGUCAUUAGGACAACCAGGAUAACAGAACUACCACUACCACGAUUUAGUUCUAUGAUGUCAUAAAGGCACUACUACAUACAGCUUCUGGAACUCUUGUAGUCAUUCACUUCGGAAUCUCAGCAGGCAACAGAUAGGUCUCCUGACUGUCUUCACCCAGUGCUUAGUUAUUUUAGCUUAUUGAUUGAAUUCUUUAAUCAGUAACUAUCUUAUUAUACUGAAAAUGCACAGAGCAGAUAACUCACGUGAUUAUAGAGAGGCAUCUGUUUAUCGGGGAGAUUCUCCACCUAGGCGGAGGUUUGACAGGUCUCGAUCACGGGACAGAUUUCAAUCAAGAGAGAGAUCGCCAAGUAAUAUCUACCCCCGUAGAAACCAAUUCUCUCCAACUAGACUGAUGUUUCACAGGUCUCAACCCAGGGACAGAUCUCCAAAUAAUGUCUGUCGAACUAGAAACCUGGAUUCUCCACCUAGGCGGAGUUUUCACAGGUCGCCAUCAAGAGACAGACCUCCAAGAAACAUCUACCAUUCUAGAGGCAUGGAUUUGUGGCACCUCGAUAAGCAGCAGAGAGCAGAUUUACAAACCCUCGAAGAAAAACUGGAUGCUCAAGUGGAAGCCACCCACAAAUUGGAGGUUAAAUGCCAGAAAAUUGGACAAUCUUUGGAAAAGGAGCAAUCUGAUAACAAAAUCCUUCGGUCCAAAAACACUGAACUGAGACUUCUGAACGAGCAGCAGAGUGCAGAAAUUCAGUCCCUUAAAGAAGCGCUUUCUGCACAAGUGGAGGCUACCAAAAUUAUGGAGGACAAAUAUCGUAAGUCUGAAGAUCGAACUUUGAGGUUGCACUGCAAACUAGUUCAAGAAAAGUGGGAAAGACAAGACGAAACUCAAAAUUUGAACCAAGAAAAAGAGGAUUUACUGGCUUCUUGUAAGAGCUUAGAGGAAAAUCUUCGCAUUAAAACUGAAAGUGAGUCCAGGCUGCAGAAUGAGCUAAAUGCAGCUAUGAGACACCUCAACAAGUUGCUACUGGAAGCAGAGCAUUUCCAUAAAGGAGAGGCUGAAACGUGUUCCACGCUGCAAGACGCACAGGACCACAAUAAGCAGAGGAACGAUGUGCAGGACUCUACAAAUACAGGGUCUAAACAGCCCAACAGAAAGGCUGUCAAACGGCAGAUGGUAAUGGAAAAUCAGAAAGAGAACAGCAUUGUCCUGACUAACGAAAGGACCCUGAAGGUUGACCCACAGGAAGCACAGGGUCCUACCUCAGGGGAGGUCAGGCUGGAAUCCCAGCUCCUUGAAUCAGAGCCGACACACCAGCCUUAUCUUCUACAUUUUCAGAAAGAUUUUAGUGAAAUCAGCGAAGGUUUAGCUGAUACAUCAGCUCCAUUAGACGACUUGAAUAACAACAAACCACAAAUUGAUCAAAGUUCUGCCACAACAUCAAACUCUCCAACCAGGAAGCGUAAGAGAUCAGACUGUCAGUCUGUAUCUGAUUCUUCUGCCUCUCAGAUCCAUGGAGAAAAUUCCUUAAAUAUUACAAAGGACUUUGAGGAACCUCCAGCUAAAUGUUCAAAAACAGACUCAGAGGAAACAGAAACAACAAAAUGGUUUCUGCAUCCUAUAACCUCCGAAUAAAGUAACGUGUUUCUCCGGUGUCUGUGAGGGCGGGCGGAGGGGU